AUGUUAUUAAUGUUGGUUUAAAAAAACUGAAAACUUAUUAACAUUGUUAUGUAUGUUAAUUUACUAUUCGUUUCGAUGUUAAAGGUGGAUUUAUAAACUUGCCGCUAGACGUUGCUGUUCGGCGUUGCCGUUGUAAGAAAAAUAUGCAGCGAAGGUUUGCGUCGUUUAUAUCAUCCGUUGAUGUUGACGUUGGAACAAACCAAAAAUUAAGCCUCACCCAUAUCCAUCCCAAGCUCAAUUGUGAUGAAUUUUUCAUUUGUUGUAAGACCGAGGGGCGGAGCCUAUUUGCAAAGUCGGUAUUUGUAUUUAAUUAUUCGAUUUCCUUGUAACCGGAGAAGUGUAACUGGUUGCAUAGACUUAAGAAUAUGUUCACAGUAUUGUAAUCAUAACAAUAUUUGUUCGCUUAUCAAAAAUGCGAUAAUAGAAUAUGCAAAGUGUUCAUAAAGGUGGGAAUACCCUGGUGAAACGCUAAUAGUGUCCUUCCUUCUUUUAAAUACGUGAUUAGAAAGCUCUUCGUUUUUCAGUUUGCAGUUAAAAUGUCUAAUAUUGAGGAACUAUUUAGAAUUAUAGAAAGAAACCAACUGGAAUAUCUUACGUCAUUUCAGUAUAUUAACUACACCAACAGUUAUGGUUGUACCACUUUAACAUGGGCUGUGCGAAAAUCGGACAUAAACACCAUAGAGUUGUUAAUAACAAAAGGUGUUAAUAUUAAUAAAAGAGAGUCGGGAGGUCUAACGCCCCUAAUACUUGCGAUAAUUCUAAAUCGUUUAGACGUGGUUAAAUUGUUGCUUAAAAAGGGUGCUGAUAUCAAAUUGCGAGAUUCAUACGAAACUCCUCUAACAGCUGCCGUACGAGAAGGGAAUUUAGAAAUGGUGGAAAUUCUCUUGUACGAGGGUGCCGACACCAUGGAUUGUGAUAUAAAAGGAGUACCACCGUUAAUCCUAGCCAGCAAAGAAAAUAAAUGGGACAUUGUCGAACUGUUUCUAAAAAACAAAGUAGCUACCAAUGUGGUAGACAACAUGCAAAAUACUCCACUUAUAGCUGCGAUUAGAAAUGAGUCUUCCGAUGUCAUCCAGUGCUUGUUGAAAUACGGUACUGAUGUGAAUGAAUCGAAAAACGACAAAACGCCUUUGGCUUGGGUCGCAGAAAAAGGAAGUGUGAAUUCGCUCAAAGUUCUAUUAAAAGCUGGAGCUGACAUCAAUAUGUUAAGUACUGACGGAAACACUGCAUUAGGUACUGCCGUACGUUUCAAACAAUUAGAAGCUGCUAAAUGUCUCACAAACAACAAUGCCAACGUUUGUAAAUUCGGGACAGACGGAAAAACGCCACUUUUGUGGGCAGUUCUUAAUGAAGAUAUCGCUAUGAUUAACUGGCUUUUAGACCACGGAGCAGAGUACAUCAUCGACUCGGUGUUUUCAGAAGCCAUAAAGACCGAAAAUUUACAAGUAGUGCAAGUAUUGAGGAAACGUGGAACUUUUGAACUUGGAACUGACAAAACAAAGUCACCUUUAGCGGUAGCCAUAAACUUAAACAGCGUCAACAUCGCAAAGUACCUAAUUGAAAGCGGCGCGAAAGUGGUAGACGAGCUUGAGUCGGAAAUUUCGACUAUUAUUGAUCUGUUGAAGCGGAAUUAUAUAGAGAUGAUUAAAUUACUGACAGAGAAUGGAGCUAGAUUGGACGAGUGUGAUUCCGAUGGCGAGACAGUUCUGACGACGACUGUAAAAAGGGAAAAUUUUGACAUGUCGAAGUACUUUGUAGAACGAGGGGCCAGUGUCAAUCAAGCUAAUGCGGAGGGGUUAACACCACUAGUUAUCGCCGAAGCUAACAAUGAUUUUCAAACUUUCCAGUUAUUGGUGGAUAAUGGGGCUAAGAUUACUGAGGAGGACCAAAAGGAAAGUCCGAAACUGGCGCGGUACUACCGAAUGGCGAAAGAGAACAGUUUGAAAGCGGGGAAGUCAAACCAAGAAAUUGGUUCGAAUCAAGAAGAUGCGAAAGAAUGAGCAGCUGUUUAUAAGUUCAAUUGUAUCAUUUUUUUAAAGCAGUUUUUACUAUGAAGUUUUUACAAUAAUAUAAAUGUUUGUAUCAGG